AUGGCCGACGAUCAAGUGCAGCUUCUUUCCCAGGGUGUCGGGUACGGCAUCCUUGUCGGUGUCGGUGGGGCGUUUGCCAUUGGUAUGAUUCUCACCACCAAGUUUCUUUCCAAGUAUCUUAACGAAGACCACCACCUGACGGAAACGUUCUCGGUGGCCAACAGAAACGUCGGGACUGCGCUUACAACGCUGGCGGUGUACUCGCUGUGGUCCUGGGCUACUGAACUUUUGUGGGUGCUGACUAUGACUUAUAACUAUGGUAUCCAAGCCUCGUACUACUACGGGGCUGGGCUUUCAAUUCAGAUUGCGGUGAUGGCUCUCUUAGGGAUUCACGCUAAGAAGAAGAUCCCUAAGGCUCACACGUCGUUGGAAAUUAUAUCGUUGCGCUACGGUAAAGUAGCCCACAUGUUGUUCUUGUUCUUGUGUCUCGUCAAUAACUUGUUGUCGUGUCUGGCAAUGAUUGUUGGUGCUGCUGGUGCCAUUUCCAUCAUCGCUGGUAACUUACACAUUGUCGCGUCGAUGAUGCUUAUCCCGUUUGGGGUGCUUUUGUACACUGCCUUUGGCGGGCUUAAGGCGACCUUCCUCACUGACUUUGUCCACACGCUUAUUCUUUUGAUCGUGCUUGUCAUUCUUAACACCACCGUGUUGUCGAGUGAGAAGAUCGGUGGCUUGAAUGGCUUGUACAACUUGUUGGUGGAACACGACGGCGACCGGUACGUUGAAGGUAACUACAAGGGCAGUUUCAUUACCGGUAAGUCUAAGGGUUCGGUGCUUUUCGGGUUGAUUCUUACUGGUGGUAACUUUGGCUUGUGUAUCAUGGACUCAUCGUUCUGGCAAAAGACGUUCAGUGCCGACCAGAGACUGACCGUCCCCGCCUACUUGACGUCGGCGGUGCUUAUCUUCAGUAACGUGUGGCCACUUGGUGCCAUUAUCGGUGGUGCUUCGUUGGUGCUUUCCAAGACGCCGCUGUGGCCCACUUACCCCCGUGAAAUGACCACCUACGAGAUCUCGUCGGGCUUCACCCUUCCUUACACCCUUAAGGCAGUGAUGGGUAACGGUGGCUGUGGUGGUAUUCUUCUCGUCAUCUACUUGGCAGUCACUUCCACCGUGCUGGCUCAACUUAUCUCGGUAUCGCUGAUUGUGUCGUUCGACAUCUUCAAGAAGUACUUCAAGCCCCAUGCUAACAACAAGCAGAUGAUCUGGGUGCUGCAUGUCACCGUCAUCAUCUUUGGUCUCUUUGCCGCUGGUUUCUCGUGUAUGCUUCACUACGUCGGUACCAACAUGACAUGGUUGGGUUACUUCUACCCGUUGAUCAUCUGUCCCGGUGUCAUCCCCUUGAUCUUCUCCAUUACCUGGGAUAAACAGCUGACGCUUGCCGUCAUUGUCGCUCCCAUCACCGGGUUGAUCUUUGGGCUCACGGUGUGGACCACCUCUGCCUACGCCUUCUACGAUGAAGUCAAUGUCGACACCUUGGGUGAACAGCUCCCGUGUUUGUACGGGACGUUGACGGCGCUUUUCUUGCCUGCCAUCGUGCUGAUCACCAUCAGUUUGAUCCAAAACCAGAAGUUCGACUGGCAGGUGUUGCAGAACGCCGACUUGACGAUCAGAGACCACAACGCCCCCGAACACUCCGACUCGAACCUGCUCAACGAAGACAAGCACGACCUUGCUGAGGAAACCGUCGAGCUCAACUCGCAACAGGCCGAUGAGAGACUGUUGGACUUCUGGAUCAAGGUAGCCACUGGUGCGACGAUCUUCAUUCUCUUGGUGACGUGGGUGUUGUGGCCGAUGCCAUUGUACCGGGACUGGAUCUUCACUGGCGCCUACUUCAAAGGGUACGUCACCGUGGGGCUCAUCUGGUUGUACGUGACGUUGCUCGUCGUCGGUAUCUACCCGUUGUGGGUGGGGCGCAAGGCGUUCAUGAUUAUUGCCCGCGGUAUCAUUCGUGAUUUCAAGAACCGUAAAAACCCGAUUGCGGAUAAGACGGCGCCCGAGACUCCCGUCGAGGUGUCGCCAGAAUACGUCGACCACGCCAGCGGGUCGUCGGAAAAGAACGAGAUCACCAGUCUCAAGUAG